AUGGUUGUUCGAGAAGCACCAGGACAUGGCUUAGGAUGGAUCGUUGCAGCAUUCUUUAUCGUUGCUGAUAUGGUUGGUGGCGGAAUUGUCGCAAUGCCUGUUGCAUUUCUUGAAACAGGACUUAUUGUUGGUAUUACAUUUAUGGUUGUGAUAACAAUAUUCUUUGCAUAUACGGCACAUUUACUUAGUGAAAAUUGGAUUAUUAUGCAGCAACGUUGGCCAAUUUAUCAAAAUCAUUGUCGUAAACCGUAUCCUGAAAUGGCAAUGAGAAGUAUGGGUAAAACAAUGAAGACAAUUGCUGCUCGUAUUGUUUAUUUGACAAUGUUUGGUACAUCAGUCGUAUUCAUACUACUUUCAUCCAAAAUUUUUCAACAUUUUUUAGCAUCAUUUUUUGGUGUUAAUAUUAGCCUUUGUUAUUUAAUAUGUGUUACAACCAUUGCUAUUAUGCCACUUACAUAUCUGAAAUCACCAGCUGAUUUUUGGUUAGCAAUUGUAAUUGCAAUGUUAUGUACCGUUUUGGCCGUUUUAUUGAUUGCUUUAGGUAUUAGCUUUGAUAUAAGCUCAUGCAUACCUGAAGCGCAUUAUCCGAAAGCUUCAAUUAGUGGCGCAGUUGUCAGCUUAGGUACUUUUUUGUUUGCAUUUAGUGGUCAUCAGGUAUUUCCAACAAUUCAACAUGAUAUGUAUCGUCCUAUUGAUUUCUCCAAAUCAAUCAUUCUUGGCUUCUGUAUUGUUACCUUCCUAUAUAUGCCAUUAUCAAUUUAUGGUUACUUAACUUAUGGUAGUAGCAUGCAUAGUUCAAUAAUUGAUUCUGUACAAACACCAUGGAUCAGGCAUACAGCUAAUUUAACCAUCGCAAUUCAUUGUAUUCUUGCGCUAAUUAUUAUGGUUAAUCCAUUAAAUCAACAAGCUGAACAUUUCUUUAAUGCACCACAUUCAUUUGGAAUACAACGUAUACUAAUACGUACGGGCGUACUUGGUACGAUAUUAUUUUGCGCUCUAACCAUACCUGAUUUUGGACCAUUUAUGAAUUUAGUUGGUGCAUUAACAAAUCCACCAACAUGUGUGGUACUACCAGCAUUAACAAAUUUAUACCUUAAUGCGAUGUGUAUUGAUGAAAAAAUUCGUGAUUAUAAAAUACCAACAUUUCCGGAAGUAAUACGACGAACUGCUACAAAAAAAUUACUUUGGAAUGGUUUUAUUAUUGUGGUUGCGUUAGUAGCUGGUAUUGUAAGUGCUUAUUUAGCAAUACAAGAAAUUUUAACCGUUCAUUUUACGCCACCGUGCUAUCUUCGUUCAUUUUUUGCGCAAUCGGAUGCUAUCUUACAUAAUGAAAAAAUUAAUUGUUGUGGAAUGGAGGAAAAUAUUUAUAUUUUUGGUAAUGCUACCGAAAUGUGUCAACGAUCGAUGCAAAUAUUGUCAUAA